AUGAUCCUCGAGGGAGUCACCCCAAAGCCCGAGCCCGUCGCCGACGUGGACUCCGAGGCGGGAUGGAAGGAGAAGUCGGUGGAGGAGGAUGGAGUGUCGCCACGCUACCAGGAUGCCUUUGGUGAUGAGACCAAUGCUGAGGUCAAGUACAAGACCAUGGAGUGGUGGCAAGCUGGAAUGUUCAUGAUCGCCGAGUCUGUUUCGCUGGGUGUCCUUUCGCUGCCCGCUACCCUGGCAUCCCUGGGUCUUGCGCCGGCUCUCAUCCUGAUUAUCGGCCUCGGUCUUCUCGCCACAUAUACUGGUCUUCUGAUUGGAAAGUUCCACCAGCGCUACCCUCACAUCCAGAACCUGGCUGAUGCCGGUGAGGUUUUGAUGGGUGCAUUUGGUCGUGAGCUUUUCGGUAUUGGACAGCUUCUGUUCUCUAUCUUCAUCAUGGGUAGCCACAUCUUGACUUUCAGCGUCAUGAUGAACACGGUCACCGAUCACGGUACUUGUACCAUGGUCUUCACGGCUGUUGGCUUCGUCAUCUGCAUGGUGUGCUCUCUUCCCCGCACCAUGAAGAAUAUGACCUACAUUUCAUGCUGCUCAUUCGUCAGUAUUCUGACUGCUGUCAUUAUCACGAUGAUCUCAGUUGGUGUUCAGGACCACGCAUAUAGUAAUCUCAAGGCUACCGUGGACACUGAUCUGUUUCACGCCUUUACUGCCGUGACCAACAUUGUCUUCGCCUACUGUGCCCACGUUGCCUUCUUCGGUCUGCUCGCCGAGAUGCGCGAGCCAAGGGAUUUCCCCAAGGCUCUGUACAUGUUGCAGACCUUCGAGAUCAUCUUCUAUGUUGUUGCUGCCGUGGUCAUUUACUACUAUGUUGGCCAGUCUGUUGCUUCCCCGGCUUUGGGAUCUGCUGGCCCCGUGAUGAGCAAGGUUGCCUAUGGCAUUGCCAUUCCUACUAUUAUUGGUGCUGGUGUUGUCAACGGCCACAUUGGUCUCAAGUAUAUUUACGUCCGUCUGUUCCGUGGCACUGACCGCAUGCACCGCCGCGAUCUGACUUCAUACGGCUCCUGGGUUCUCAUCGGCCUCACUUGCUGGAUCAUUGCCUGGAUCAUCGCCGACGCUAUUCCCGUUUUCAGCGACCUGCUGAGUCUGAUCAGCUCCCUGUUCGCUUCCUGGUUCAGUUACGGUCUCCCCGGUGUCUACUGGCUGCACAUGAACUGGGGCAAGUGGUUCUCCUCUCCUCGCAAGAUCUUCCUCACCGCAGUCAACAUGUGCAUCGUGUUGAUUGGUGCUUGUAUGUGUGGUCUCGGUCUCUACGUCUCUGGUAAAGCGAUUCACGACGAUGCCUCCAACAACAGCUUCUCUUGCGCCAACAAUGCCUGA